AUUGAAGAUCUACAACUCAACCGCCAUAAAGGGAUGUAUUUUGGAUUUGGUGAAGGACCUCGCAUUUGCCCAGGACAACGUUUUGGAGUCACACAAGUUAAACUGGCGUUGGCCUACAUCACUCAGAAUUUCCACAUCAAAUUGUCACCAAACCAUAAGCCAAUUGUCGUAGAUCCUCAAACUUUUAUGGCUUAUCCGAAGGAUGGCAUUUUGAUUCGGCUCGAAGCGCGAUAAACCAUUCUUUGCGCACAUCUAAUUCUGACAUAUUAUGCUAAUUUUUUUCAAAUUUCCUUUCUCUUCUAGUUCGCUGUAUUAUAGCCAUGAUUCGGUUAUAAUGGAAUAUUUAAAAAAAAUCAUAUAAAUGUUUUGCAGAGUAGCUGUAUUUACACACUAUGAUGAAAUAAUAAACGAAUCUGUAUCAAUAUUGACCUUUUUUUUAAGCGUUGAUACAAAAAUUUUGCUUUUCAGGAAAUUUGAAUGUCUUUACUCUUUCCGAGAAUAAUACAUCACCAUAACACUGUUAAAAACCGGAUUGUCCAUUUGGAAUUGGCUUUUUUUACUUUUCAGUGUACGGCGAAAGAAAUAACAUCCGACCUAUGAUGUGUGUUUAGCAACAUAUGUACUACAUAGAGCACGUGCGUUGCAUGCUUAUGUAUAUGUUCGGUUGUAUGAUGUGCGGAUCGGCGCUUGUGUGUAUGUAUAUUUUGCCAACAUGUGUGUAAGUGAAUGUUUCUAUUUGACAAGCGAGCGUCCAUCAGAAUAGUAUUUAUUUCGGAACAUUUAGAUCAGUUCGAAUUGUGUUAUGAAACAACUUUUUCGUUCACAUCAAUAUCAAUGUAGAAUUCAGUUUAUUUGUAAAUAUUUCGUUUGAAGUGCUGCCACGAAUUGAUUUUCACUGAAAUAUGAAGUUGUUUCGGGAGCAAAAAAUUAAUUGCCGCAAUUAAGUGCCAGUGGGACCUGUCACAGUGGACAUAAAUCUUUGUGAUGAAAUUUAUUUAUUGUAGAUUUUAACGAAGUACUUAUAUUGUUUCCCAAUAGAGAUCAAUUUUCAUUUGAGUUAGACCAUCGGCGUGAUGAGUUGUUAGUGCAACAGUUUCAAAAUUAAUACGAAACAAAAAACUACAAAGAGAUGGAGUCUGGUUAUAGAAAAUUAUUGAAAAAUCCUCGUGAAAGUGCCAACAUAGUAUCAAUACUGUUUUUUGGAUGGUCGAUACCCAUUCUGAAACAGACUUAUCAUAAUAUCUUACAUCCGAAUGAUGCUUUCCAACCACUGGACGAAGAUCGAUCGGAGUUUCUUGGAAAUCGACUGGAAAAAUUUUGGCGAGCUGAACAGAAGGAAAAAUCAAGUCCAUCAUUACUGCGGGCAUUAGUGAAGACAUUUCGGCGAGAAGUAAUUGUUCUAGGCGUUCUUUGCAUUUUCACUGAUUGCAUUUGUCGAUUGACGUUGGCACAUUUACUAGAAAAACUUUUGUCAUAUUUUCGUGAAAAUUCCGAUGUGUCACGGGAUGAAGCAUUAACAUAUGGCACUUGUCUAUUUACGCUCAUUGUUGGCUAUGGCAUCAGUUUGCUUCAUUAUCUGUUCAAGGGCAUGCAUUACAGUAUGAAAAUCCGAGUAGCACUUUCUAGCGUCAUUUAUCGAAAAACACUUCGCUUGUCACAACGAGCAUUGUCGAACACAGCUCCGGGCAAACUGGUCAAUUUGCUAUCAAAUGACGUGCAACGAUUUGAGUCUGUGGCACUUUUACAUCCGCUAUGGAUAUCUCCAUUCACUGCCGCUAUAGCGUCGUUUAUUUUAUGGACACAUAUCCGAUGGGCUGCCGUCAUUGGGUUGAUCGUUGUUUUUCUCUUUAUUCCAGCCCAAAGUUACGCAAGCAGAUUGUCGGCCAUUUUUCGAUUUAAAACAGCGUUGCGAACGGAUGAACGCGUUAGACUUAUGGACGAGAUCAUAUCCGGAGUACAAGUGCUCAAGAUGUACGCAUGGGAAAAACCAUUCGAACGUCUUAUAUCAGCAGCUCGGCGCCGUGAAUUGUCAGUGAUUCUCAAAAAUUCCUAUAUUCGUGCUUUGCAUUUGACACUUUUCCUAUUUGCCACAAGGGUCGCUCUUUUUGGCACCGUUUUAUCAUUUGUGUGGUUGUACGGUCCCGAAAAUCUCACCGUUUCCAAAAUGUUUAUGACCUCAUAUUUACUGAAUGUGAUUACACUUGGAAUGUGUCGCAUUUUUAUUCGAAGUAUCACAGAAAUGGGUGAAGUAUACAUUGCACUUAAGCGGCUGCAAAUAUUCUUUGAAUACGAAGAAAAGACGGAGGUCAGCUCAAACGGCUCAGAGGUCAUUAGUUCCGAUGAGUUGGACAAACAACAUCUAGCUGUUCGAUUGAAAAACGUCUCGGCCGAAUGGAGUGCCGUCAAAAAUGAAAAUGAUAAAAACUCUGCAAAAUUGACGAAAAAGAUUGGCUCAUAUCAAAAUAAAGACGAGUUGAACUCAAUCGAAAGCAAAUUGUUCAAGCUCAAAGAUAUUAACUUGGAAGUGCCAAAGGGAAAAUUAAUUUUCGUUGUCGGUUCGGUUGGUGCUGGUAAAUCGACACUAGCUCAGGUCCUUCUCAAGGAACUGCCUCUAACUCAUGGUGCAAGUGGAAUCAAUGGAACAACUUCAUAUGCUAGUCAAGUGAGCUGGACCUUCACAUCCUCGAUCCGACAAAAUAUUGUGUUUGGUCAACAUAUGGAUCGAGCUCGGUACGAUGAAGUGGUUAAAUGUGCGGCCUUAACGAAAGAUUUUGAACAAUUUAGUAACGGUGAUAUGACGAUGGUCGGCGAAAAUGGAGCUGGUCUCUCAGGUGGCCAAAAAGCUAGAAUCAAUUUCGCUCGUGCUCUCUACCGAAAAGCGGAUAUAUACUUGAUAGAUGAUCCCUUGAGCGCAGUGGAUACUCACGUGCAAUCACAUUUGUUCCAUAAGUGUAUCGGCCCGAAUGGAUAUCUGGCGCGUCAAAAUGCCACUCGAAUUUUGAUCACACAUCAGUUGCAUUUCAUGAAGGAGGCCGAUUGGAUUGUCGUUCUGAAGGAUGGAAAGAUCGAGACACAAGGUGAUUAUAAUACGGUUUUGAAGUCCGGAAUUGAUUUCACUAGCAUGUUGCAUCAAACUGAAAACGAUGAAAAUGAGCAAGAGUCAGUGGAGAACAAACGCCGGAACUCGGCUUCAUCACAAAGAAGUCGGCUAAGUUCGUCGGGAUCGUUGAACAAAGAAGGAAUUUCUCCAAAUGAAGAGGAAAAUGAACUCAACGAGAAAAGCGAGAUGGUGAAAGAGUUGGAGGCAUCGUCGAAGGGAAAAAUCAAAGGAUCCAUGCUUCUGAACUAUCUAAACUCCGCAAACAUGCCAUGUGCUUUAAUGUUCAUGUAUGCUUUAUUUAUAUCAACUCAAUUAUCCGGUAGUAUUGCCGAUGUAUGGGUCUCAUACUGGAUAAGAAAUGAAGAAAGUCGAUCGCAUCUUUUGAAUUAUUCAUCGAGUUCGUUCAAUCGAACAUCCAGUGCAACCGACACAAAUACCUGGCCCACUGAAACGUACAUAUUCAUUUAUUGUGGAAUCAUUUUUUCACUAAUACUGUUCGCUGCAACGAGAUCAGCCACAUUUUGUCGAGUUUGCAUUAGAGCCUCGCAGAAUUUACAUGAUACAAUGUUCCACGGAUUGAUAUUGACAACGAUGCGAUUUUUUGACGUAAAUCCAACGGGUCGCAUUAUGAACAGAUUCACAAAAGAUUUGGGCAACGUUGAUGAAAUGUUACCACGAAUACUAUUGGAAGCACCACAAGGAAUUUUGCUUGCGCUUGGCGCAAUUGCCGUUACUAUUUUUACAGAUUUGAAGCUUGCAAUAGUUAUCCUCGUAAUGGCAGUGGUAUUUCUUUUUGCACGCAAAAUAUAUUUAAAGUGUUCUACAAAUAUCGUGCGCUUAGAAGGCAUAACAAAAUCGCCAGUGUUCACGCACAUUUCGGCUACAUUGGGCGGUUUAUCAGUAGUAAGAUCAUUUCAAGCCGAACAAAUCUUACGAGAAGAAUUUGAGAGACAUCAGAACCUAAACACUGGAACGUGGUUUAUGUUCUUGGGUGCAUCAAGUGGAUUUGGCAUAUCAAUUGAUUUGGUGGUGUACGUCUUCAUUGGUUUCGUCAUUUAUCUUUUCCUGAUUGUGAAUGAAGGAGUUACUGGUGAUCGUGUGGGCUUGGCUAUUACUCAAGUUAUGAGUUUGUCCGGUAUAUUGCAGUAUGCAGUGAGACAAAGUGCCGAUGUUACGAAUCAAUUGACAUCAGUUGAACGUAUAUUGGAGUACAGUCAAUUGGAGCGUGAAACACAGCCAGAAGUACCGCAAAAAGUGUCAGCCGAUUGGCCAUCAAAGGGGAAAGUGGAAUUCAAGAGAGUGUCCUAUCGAUAUUCAGCUGAGGAUGAGCCGGUGUUGCGCGAAUUGUCAUUUUCAGUACAACCCAAUGAGAAAGUCAGUGUUGUUGGCCGAACCGGAGCCGGAAAAUCUUCUCUUAUUUCAUCAAUUUUCAGAUUAGCAAUUGUCGAUGGCGACAUACUACUGGACGAUGUGAACGCUUCGUCUGUGGAAUUGAGCGUGCUCCGAUCCAGAAUAUCAAUAAUUCCGCAAGAGCCAACUCUUUUCUCGGGCACACUGCGAAGGAAUCUGGAUCCAUUCGAAGAAUACUCAGACGCGGAUAUUUGGAGUGCGCUUGAAAAUGUGGAGCUAAAAGAAUACGUUUCGAAGAACAAUGGAUUGCAAAUGCCGGUUCAAGCUCAUGGACAAAACUUCAGUACAGGCCAAAGACAAAUUCUGUGUUUAGCUCGAGCAAUCUUGAGAAAGAAUCGCAUCAUCAUUCUCGAUGAGGCAACCGCUAAUGUGGAUUUGCGAACGGAUGAAAUGAUUCAAAAGACGAUUCGAGAGAAAUUCGUCGACUCCACCGUAAUAACCGUCGCUCACCGGCUUAAUACCGUUAUCGACUCUGAUCGUGUGCUAGUUAUGGACGCAGGCACUGCUGUUGAGUUCGAUACACCGUACUUACUGAUGCAGAAUGAAGAGGGCGUAUUCAGAAAAAUGAUUGAAGCGCUCGGACAACAAGAGCGUAAUCGUUUGUUUUCGAAAGCAAAAGCAAUAUUUGAUAGCGCAAAACAACAAUAAAGGUGUAUUCUUGACACUGUA